AUGACGCUUUGUAGGUUAACAUCAAAGGAAACCCUAACAUCACCACCACCUACCUUCGAUUCACUUUCAACACUUCCUCGGGAUCUCAUUGUUGAAAUCUUGUGUAGGCUACCAGUAAAGUUUCUUCUUCAAUUCCAAUCUGUCUGCAAGUUAUGGAAUUCUCUUAUCUCCGAUCUCAAAUUCGCCAAGAAGCAUCUUCACCUAUCAACUACACGCGGCCUCAAUUCGGUUUGCUACAUAGAUACUUUAAGUAGAUACAUAUUUGAGUAUCGUCCACCGGACUCCCUUUUCUCUAUCUAUUAUAUGGACGUCACACAAAUUGAGUAUCCUCCUAACGGUUUUGAUCGAGGUUAUUAUCAGCCAGACUCUACCUAUUAUAUUGUUGGCUCUUGCAAUGGUAUUCUUUGUCUUGCUCUUGACCAUGAAGCCGACUUGAAAGAUUGUUUUGUUCUCGUGUGGAACCCUUCCAUUAGAAAAUUUAAAGAAUUAAGUAUCGGAGAGUUCCCAUUUAGUUGUGCCCCGUUUGGGCCAUCAGGGACAUUCGUAUGUGGUGCAAUUAAUUGGUUGGCUUCUAAAAGUUGGCAUAGAAAAACUCCGUGUUUGAUUGUUUCUUUUGAUUUGAAAAAUGAGUCUUUCCAAGAGAUUUUGCAACCAGAUUAUGGAGAGGUGGAUGCAUCUAGUUUGAGUUUGGGCGUGUUGAGGGAUUGCUUGUGCAUGAUUUCCGGUUAUGCUGUACUAUGGGUUAUGAAGGAAUAUGGAAAUAAAGAAUCUUGGACUAAAUUGUUAACCAUUUCUUAUCGGCCAAAACCUUAUAGUUCUAAUUUCUUGACUAAGUUAAUGGUGAAAUUUGAGAAAUUGUAA